UCCUUCCUGAUAUCAAUGCACAGAGUCACUAAUUGAAUUUGGGCCUGCUUGGAUUUCAGGUUCAGACAAGUUUCACUCCAGAGGUGAAAAAAGAAAAGAUGGGAUUGUCCUACAGGUUCAGGUUCCCCGGUCCUGGUCUGUUCCACUGCUCGCUGACUGAUCUGGUCUUCAGUGUGACUCACGAGAGCGAAGCCACCUACGAGAUGAUGAUCUGGGAUGAGAUGCAGCUUCAGUCGGCUCAGAAGGUUCCAGGAGGAGCUCUGUUCAGCAUCACGUGUCCAGAGGAGUCCAUCAGACAGCUGCACCUCCCUCACUGCGAGCCUGAACCCGCGCUGCUCUCUGACUGCCUCUCUGUGGCUCACAUCACUGAUGAAGGCAUGAGCUUCAUCCAGCCUCUGGAGGUGACCGAAACCCACGUGGUGGUGGAUGUCCCACACCUUUCAGCCCUCGGCAUCGUCUGGGACUUGGUCAAACGCUUUGUGGAUUUCGUGAUGAAACCGAUUCGCAGUCAAAUCCUGCUGUUCCUCAAACCGAUGCACAGACAGGGUUUCAUCCUGUGGGUGAUUCUGCUGCCCAGCAACGUGCCGCUGAGCAAGGUGAAAGCUCAGCUGGUGGACUGUGAGCACAUCCAGGCUCCGUCCUUCUGUCUGCUGCACACAGGCCACUAUUACAGCCUGUGCAGCGAGGCGCAGCUGCAGGACUUCAACAUACAGCCCGCAGUGAGUACCAGCAUCUCUCCACUCAGCCAGCGGUGA